UAUGUCGUCCUGACUUCUGCAGCCGCCGCCAACAACAAAACUAAGAGACUACAACGCCCACGAUGCUUUGCGUUCGUCCGGGGCAACUCAGUCAAUCAAUAUACGUCACGCUGCUUUGCUUAUCAAGGUUUUGGAGGAGGGCGCAGUCAAUGUGAAGAAUACAUAAGGGAGAAAAAUCCAGGGUUAUCUUCCAUGCAGGGUAGAAAUUUUACUGUACAAUGUGAAAACUUCAGUUUUACUCAGCCACCCUGUCUCCUGUUUCACAGCACCCCUAGCAGAUCGUAGGUUAACAACGAAAUGAAACGCAGAAAGAUUGCCAUCGCCGCUGGGUUUUGCUUUUCAUUCUUCCUGGGCACUUUACUGAAUUUGUUAUUUAUCCCUGGUUUUGAUCAUCACCAUCAGCAACAGCGUUUAGAACAGACCGCCCAGGAUCACCUCAGCAACGAACCGCCUGUGCUUCUGAACGGAGUGACCGACCAAGACCUGUUGAAGCAAAUUAAAGAAAGGUACGAGGAGGUUGUCCGCUAUCGGCAGCAGUCAGCUCCUGCAGCGGCUACGGGGAGACUAGCCAGACCGCUGGAAAGACGCUUGAUGGACCUAGCGCAGAACAGCUCCCCAGAUCAGCCCCAACCCCAGCAUCAGCAGCAGCAGCAGAGGAGCCCGGAUUUUCGCGAGAGCAAAACAUUAACUGCUCAAGGAGUAAACACCUUCGCUUCCAGUAGCCCGAAGGCUGACUUUCAGUUCCGGUCCCUUCCCUUAAGCUGCUCAGAUAUUAAUAAUGCAAGCAGUGUCCAUUAUUUGGGCUCUGGAUACACAAAAGCAGUAUACAAAGCCGUUCUUAACGAGACCCUGGCGGUGGCCUUAAAAUCGGUGGACUUUGAAGGACACGACAUGGAAAACUGCGUUAAGCACUUUGGGACACUGAAAGAUUGCUACCGACUGGCGUCGUAUAAACUUGUCAAAGAAAUGACACUUUUACAACGGCUACAGCAUACAAAUAUUCUUAAGCUCUAUGGAUUCUGCUACCAGGAUAGUAAUCACAUUGCUGACACAUUAACCACUAUUACAGAGCUUGGAUCCCCUUUGGAGAUGAUUCAGCUUUUACAGACUUCAUGGGAGGAGAGAUUUCGAAUAUGUUUGAGCUUGAUACGCUUAUUGCACUAUUUGGCCCAUUCUCCUCUUGGCUCAGUAACGCUGCUAGAUUUCCGCCCUCGCCAAUUUGUCAUCGUUGAUGGUGAACUCAAAGUGACGGACUUGGACGACGCCAGCAUCAAUGAAACACCGUGCUCGAGGAACAGUGAUUGUUUUAUGGAGUUUCCUGCCCGAAAUUUCACCUUAACCUGCUCGUUGGAAGGCAUAUGUCAAAGGAUGAAUGAAAAGCGCAAUCUCUACAAUGCCUAUAGGUUUUUCUUUACCUAUCUCUUGCCACACAGUGCCCCAUCGAGUCUACGAUCAUUACUGGAUAACGUAGUGAAUGCUACGGGGGAGUUGCGCUGGGGCAUUGAAGAGACAUUGGCUCAGCUUGAGGAAGUCCUGUACCUAUUCAAGAGUGGAUUAUAUCUGCAGAAUGUCACAAGAAGCAAAACCUCUGAAUACAAGCAACUGGCUGAUGUUACUGUUCCUGAGGAAAAUUAUAGAUGUUGGCCAUCUUACCAUCAUGAGGGCUGCCUGCUGUCUGUAUAUGAUAUCAAUGAGGCAAUGGAUAUCUGUGAUAAUCAUUCCCAAUGCCAUGCCUUUGUUUUAACCAAUCAGACAACCUGGACUGGCCGACAUCUUGUCUUCUUCAAAACCAGUUCAAAUCGCAUUGUGCCUGAUGUGGAGAAGAUAACGUUUGUGAAAGUGGCAGACUGAGUACAGCAUACAAUUGUGACACUGAGUUCAAACCAUCUUGGCAGGGAGCAAAAGGCGAGGCCCUCUACGGGCCAGGUUGCUUGCUUGGGGGUGCCGUGUGACGGGGCAAUGAGCUGUAUAUCACCAACACUUGGAAUGCUGAUGACAAACGUGCAAUACUGCGGGUGGAAAUGUGAACAGCACACUAAUCUAAAUGUGCAUGUAGCUUUUUAAAUGCAAGGUCACUGUUGUUUAGAACAUUUGAACCUGACAAUCUCCUCCUUUUGGUACUAAACAAGCAGAAAAACAAUGACUCACAGUGCAGAGAUGUAGAUGUUAAAUGAUACUCAAUUGUUUGGAAUUUGCUCUGCAUUAGCACGCAGAGAUGGAUUAAGUGUCACUGUGGUCCUGGCAUUUUUAAUUUUAAAUCAUAACAAUAGCAUCUUAUUUGCCCUUAUUUUCUGAUGUUGUCUUCCCCUCCCUUACUUUACACGCAGUCACGCUUUCUGCAAAGAUUUGUUCAUUUUGCUGUUCCUGAUAGCUGGCAAGGCUUGUGCGUGGCCAGCUGAAAUCAAACAUCCAUUACAAGUGUUUCCUCCUUCUCCCCAAAUCUCAGGGAAUCUCACGGUUAAAACCUAUCCUUUGAAGUUGGCCCUUUAAACUUAUUCAGAUAAAAUUUCCUUCCUGUCUUGACUGAGAUUAUAUCUUUUUUAUUUUAAAUAGACCCUAUUCCUAAUUCUAAGGCACUAACUUUGGCUGUUCACAUAAUAGCUGCCACUUAAUCAUUGGUCCUAUUACGUAAGUAGACUCAUCAUUUCACUGCUGUUCAGUACUGUUAGAAGGAAGGAGAACAUUAGAAAAUCAAACACAAUGAUACACCAAGAGCACAAGUGCCAACUCAUAAGGUGUAUUUUUUAAAAAUAGUAUUUUGUGAUCGACAAAGUUUGUCUCUCUUAUUUACUUUCUGUGAAAGCAUUUUUGAUGCAAUGACAUAAGUCAUAAUUCUUUCAGAUAUUUAGAGGUAUUUUUCCAGCUUUGGACUUUAGUGAGGAAGCAAUGCCAAAUGGAGCUAGUAUUGGAAAAAGGGAUGUGGAUUGUGCAUGAUUUUCUGGCACUAUAGUGACAUCAUAAAGAAUCAUGCCUGUAUUUCCAUUAUGUGCUUUUGGUGCAUGAGGCUUUCCACUGAAAGCAACACUGAAAGUCACCUUUUAAUAUUUUAAAAAAUGUGAUAUCCAUAUUUUUAGUAAACAUUUAUUUAUUAAUUUUUUUUAUUGAAAAAGGCAUUAAAGUUGUUGAAGUGAAAUGCAGGUGUUGUGUCUUUUAUUUUAGAGACAAUGUGGCUUCCUAUUUGAGGACUGUGAUGUGAAGACUGGUCCGAAUCAGAUACUCCAUCUAGCAGUGGUUUCCGUACUCUUCACGUGUGGAAGGAUAGGGUCAUGGAGUCUUGGAGCCCGAUUUGUGUAGCUGGACAGUCAGAGUGUAGGGGCCAAUGUUUUGUGGAACCUGUGCAGUGAGGCAGGUGUUGAUGGCACUGUGUUGUAGCCAUACAUGUAAAGGGGGAUUGAAGGUUUCAGGAGUUGAAGAUGGUGGGGAAAUUUACAUAUUUUAUUGUACAUAGAACACUACAGCAUAAGAACAGGCCGUUUGGCUCACAAUACCUUGCCAAACCGAAUAAAUUAAUAAUCAAAUGGCCAACUAAGUAAAUCAUUUGUGCCUACAUGUGUCCAUAUCCUUCCAUUUUACCCCCAUUCUAGGCAUCCACCACUCACGGUGUUUUUAAAUAAAAAAAACUUGCCCCUCACAUCUCCUUUGAAAUUUUCCCCUCUCUCCUUAAAUGCAUGCCUUCUGGUCUCGGUCUUCUUAAUCCUGGGGAAAAUAUACAGUUUGUCUAUUCUACCUACGCCUCUCAUAAUCUUAUAAACCUCUUCCAGAUUUCCCCUUGGUCUCCACUGCUCCAAAGAAAACAACCAAAGUUUGUCCAGCCUCUCAUUAUAGCACAUACCCUCUAAUUGAGGCAGCAUCCCGGUAAACCUCUUUUGCACCCUCUUCAAAGCAUCAACGUCCUUCCUAUAAUAGGGCUACCUGAACUGUGAGCAGUAUUCCAGAGGCAGACUAACUAGAGUUUUAUAAAGCUGCAAGAUAACGUGCUGACUUUUGAACACAAUGCCUCAACUAAUAAGGACAAGAAUGUCAGAUGUCUUCUGAGCCUCCCUAUCAACCUGUGUAGUCACUUUCAGGCAGCUAUGAACUUGGACCCCAAGAUCCCUUUGCUCAUCAACCCUGUUUAGGGUCCUGUCUUUUUAUAUUUGACCUAUCAAGGUGAAACACUUCACAUUUGGCUGGGUUAAACUCCAUCUGCCAUUUCUCUGCACAUGUCUGUAACUGAUCUAUAUCCCAUUGUGCGCUCUUUGCCAGUUAUCGACACUAUCCACAACACCACCAAUCUUCAUAUCAUCUGCAAACUUACUAACCUGUCCAUCUACAUUUUCAUAAAGGUCAUUGUAUGUCUCAUUCCUGAGCUAAUAAAGUGUUUUAUGGUUUGGGGAGAGGGAGUGGUUUCUUUGGCAUGCGUGGGUCCUAUAAAGCAGGCUGGUU